AUGGCAGACCCGGUCAUCGAUAGCUCGGAGCGUCUGCAAGAUGCGAUCACCCGGUUAUCAACUGAAAGGCUGGCACGGCUGUGCAAAACCCUCUGCGAGGAAAAUCCAUCGGCCAGAAAAUUUUUCAGAUCUCGUCUUUUCGUGGAAGAAGAGAAAGUUCCUGGUCCACAACUUCCUGAGCCCGAGUAUCGGCGCCCAUUUGGUCACUUACCCCGUCCCGGCCCCCGUUUCCUCGAAGCCCACAGGAACGAGGAUGGAGAGGAUGGAGAGGAUGGAGAGGAUGAGGACGAUGAAGAUGAGAAUGAAGAUGACGCGGAGGACGAGGAAGAUGGGGACUCCGUCGCAAGCGAGCCCGCCUUCAAGCCUGGGAGUCUGAAAAGGACCAGACCGCGCUUUGCCGUCUGCAAAAACUGCGAAAAAGAAUUCGACGUCGCUGAAAACACGUCGGAAAGCUGUACCUAUCAUCCUGGCAUGUCCCAUGACGACAAUUCUCAUCCGGAUGAGGAUUUCUUUGCUGAUCACGACGAAGACUGUCACGGAAUAAUCGAUACGGACGAAAUGCGGGAGGAGUAUCCAGAUGGCUUUAUUUACGAAUGCUGCGACCACAAUGGCGAGGAAGACCCCUGUAUCAAGGACUGGCACGAACCAACAGACCCCGAAGCUGCAAAACGGCGACUGAUUCAGUAUGGGGGGGGUUCCGAUACUUCACGAAUUGUGGCCUCGCGGCAAGCCUUACUAUUCUGA